GUGCGAGGAUGUCCCGGAGACCCCGGCACAGUAUAUAUAGUAGUGAUGAUGAUGAAGAAGAUGUUGAGGUGUAUGAUCACGACUAUGAUGGUCUGCUUCCUAAGACUGGAAAACGUCACCUAGGAAAAACCAGGUGGACUCGUGAAGAGGAUGAGAAGUUGAAGAAGCUUGUGGAGCAGAAUGGCACAGAAGACUGGAAAGUCAUUUCCAAUUUCCUUCCUAAUCGGACAGAUGUUCAGUGCCAGCACCGAUGGCAGAAGGUACUAAACCCAGAACUUAUUAAAGGUCCAUGGACUAAAGAGGAGGAUCAAAGGGUAAUAGAGCUCGUGCAGAAAUACGGUCCAAAGCGCUGGUCUGUCAUUGCUAAGCAUUUGAAGGGAAGGAUUGGAAAACAGUGCAGGGAGAGAUGGCACAACCAUUUGAAUCCAGAAGUGAAGAAAACCUCCUGGACAGAAGAGGAAGAUAGAAUUAUUUACCAGGCACACAAGAGACUGGGAAACAGAUGGGCAGAGAUUGCAAAGUUGCUGCCUGGACGAACUGAUAAUGCUAUCAAGAACCACUGGAACUCCACCAUGCGCCGGAAGGUUGAGCAGGAGGGCUACCUGCAGGAGUCCUCCAAAGCCUGCCAUUCCUCAGCAGCUGCUGGAUUUCAGAAGAACAACCACUUGAUGGCCUUUGCUCACAACCCAUCGCCACCCGCCCAGCUGCCGGUGGCCAGCCAGCCCCCGCUGAGCAGUGACUACCCCUACUACCACAUCCCUGAGCCUCAGAACGUUCCUGGUCAGAUCCCGUAUCCAGUAGCACUGCAUGUAAAUAUUGUCAAUGUACCUCAGCCAGCUGCUGCAGCUAUCCAGAGACACUAUAAUGAUGAAGACCCUGAGAAAGAAAAGCGAAUAAAGGAAUUAGAGUUGCUACUAAUGUCGACUGAGAAUGAACUGAAAGGGCAGCAGGCAUUACCAACACAGAACCACACAUCAAACUACCCCGGCUGGCACAGCACCACAAUUGCUGACAGUACCAGGACCAGUGGUGACAGUGCACCUGUUUCCUGUUUGGGGGAGCAUCACCACUGUACUCCAUCUCCACCAGUGGAUCACGGUUGCUUACCUGAGGAAAGUGCAUCCCCUGCACGGUGCAUGAUUGUUCACCAGAGCAACAUCCUGGAUAAUGUUAAGAAUCUCUUAGAAUUUGCUGAAACACUCCAGUUAAUAGACUCCGAUCCUUCAUCAUGGGGUGAUCUCAGCAGUUUUGAAUUCUUUGAAGACACAGACACUCCGGCUAGCAGAGCUCCCUCAGGCAAAGUCGCUCAGCUUCAGCAAAGAGGGGGCAGUGCUUGUAGACCUCAAGGACAGCCCACCACAAAUUUGAGCAAAGUCAUGUUGAGUCAGGGCUCUCUUGGCUCACCAAAGACCUUAUCUGCCUCACAGGGCAGUGCGGCUCCGUGGGUCCUUCUUCGCAAAAGGAGAGGGCACUGCAGCCCCUCAGCCAGUGGCCACGGUAGCACCUUGGUCCUAGCUGACGUCAGCAGCUCAACUCCUCCUAAGCGCUCCCCUGUCAAAAGCCUGCCCUUCUCUCCCUCGCAGUUCUUAAACACCUCAUCCAAUCACGAAAACUUGAACCUGGACAACCCUGCACUUACCUCCACGCCGGUGUGUGGCCAUAAGAUGGCAGUUUCCACCCCGUUCCACAGGGACCAGACUUUCAAAGCUCAGAAGGAAAACCACGUUUUCAGGACUCCAGCAAUCAAGAGGUCGAUAUUAGAAAGCUCUCCAAGAACACCCACUCCAUUCAAAAACGCACUUGCAGCUCAGGAAAUCAAAUACGGUCCUUUGAAGAUGCUGCCUCAAACUCCAACUCAUCUGGUAGAAGAUCUGCAGGAUGUUAUCAAGCAGGAGUCGGAGGAAUCUGCAAUAGUGGCUGGGCUACAUGAAAGUGGACCCCCUUUGCUGAAGAAAAUCAAACAAGAGGUGGAGUCCCCAACAGAUAAAGCUGGAAAUUUUUUUUGCUCAAAUCACUGGGAAGGAGAAAACCUGAACACUCAGCUCUUUACACCUGGCUCUACUAUGGAAGAUGUGCCAAAUCUUCUUACCAGUUCCAUUUUAAAGAUGCCUGUGUCUGAAGAUGAUGAUAGUUUUCACAAAACAGUUGCAGUACCUAGAAACAGGCCACUAGCUAGUCCUCUACAGCAUCUGAACAACACCUGGGAGUCGGCGUCCUGCGGGAAGAUUGAGGAUCAGAUGGCUCUGGCAGAUCAGGCACGCAAAUACAUGGCCACCUUCCCCACACGGACUCUGGUGAUGUGA